AUGUGUAUCGAUUUUAUUAUUGGCCUCAACUUGGAUGCAGUGGUUUCAACUGAUAACAGAGAGAGUACCAUACUGGCAGCUCUAGAGCAUGGUGCUACGCAUUAUAUAGUGAAACCAGUUUGCUUUAGUGAUGUGAGAAACCUCUGGCAAUUUGUUGUGGGAGGCAAUGAAGGAACAAGAAAUCCUCACAUUGUUGUUGAGCAGAUAGGAAGUGUUUCGGGGGAAUCUUCGUCAUCCUCAAAUGGGGAUAGCAAUUCCAAGAGGAAAAGACCAUCACAGGGAGGGAAAGAUUUUAUAUCUAUCAAAAAGCACAAGGUCGAAUGGACUUCUCAACUUCAGGCUCGGUUCUUGGAAGCCGUUUAUUGUAUAGGACUGGAAAAGGCUGUUCCGAAAAGAAUUCUCGAGGUCAUGAAUGUGGAAGGAUUGACCAGAGCAAACAUCGCGAGUCAUUUGCAGAAAUAUCGAAUGUUCUUAAGAAAAGUCGCAGGGAGAAUUGCAGUAAGCAAAUUGUCCGUGGACCUCCCCCAACACACCAGACGUCCAUUGCUGGAUAAAAAAAUUCCAGGAAAGAAACCAGCCACACCGGACAAACCAAUAUCACUUAGAGACAAUUUCGAGCUCUCAGUUAACCCUAAUGCAAGCAACCUGAGUCUCCUAGGACGUCGUCCUAAUGAACAAGAAGCUACCAGCAGCGAAUUCCCACCUCAAUCUGGAUACAUCACUGGACAUCCAUAUCUACCAUAUGCUGCAUCAAAAUUUGCUAAUCUGCCUUUGAUGAGCAGCACACCAAAUGCUUCGCAACCAGCUGCCAAUUGCUCUGGAUUUCAAUCAAACAAUGCUCAAGGAAAUUUUUCCACCACCAAUCCAAGCCCUAAGCUCAUAUAUACAGAUAUUCCAUAUAGCUUCGGGAGAAACGGUACAAAUAGAGUUCAUAUUGGUACCAAUCCUGUGCAGAUGUACCAACAAAAGGCUCAAGAAACCCCACAGCCUUUCACAACUACUGGAAAUGGAAAUUCCAAUAAUGAUUCAAGGAAUAGUUCUAAUAUUGUGAUGACCUCCUACACCAACAACAGCUAUGGUACUGGAAUGCAAAUGACUAUUACUAGUACUGCCAGCGGAGGAAGGCUUGCUGGACACAUGGCCCCAACUCAGACGGUGUUCAAUAAUGUAGACUGGGAUUCAAAUGGUGUCAAUAAUAAUUGUGGUGAUUUGGUGAUCAAUAAUGGUACUCAAAAUGAUGAUCAAAACAGGAAUGUUCCACAAGUGGAUAAUGUGGUAUUCGGUUAUGAUUUUUCCCAAAAGGAGUCUUCAUCAUCUCUUGGAUUUUCUGGUUCUAGCAGCAGCCAAUUCUCACCAAUACUUGCUGAAGGAAAUAAUGCUGGACAAGGCAAUGUUAAUGUUUCAGAACUUGAUCAAAUAGUGCAACAAUGUGGUGCUCUUUUCAGCUCUUCCAACAACAGCAGCCAAGUUACAGUAGUGCACAGUUCUUCUAGCUCCACUGAGAUAUCAUCAUCAUACCAGAAAGACAAUGAUGAUGCAUUUGAUCUUAGUGUUCUCCUUCUUAAUGAACUUCGUUUGGAAUCUAUUAAAAAUGAUCAGGUAAAAGGAAAACAAGCCAUCGAUUCUGAUAAAGACACUGAUAUUGACUUUGAUCUCUUUUUGAAUGAAAAUCAUUUUGGAACUGUUAAUGAUGAUGAUAAGGGAAAGGGAAAACAAGUCAUGAAUUUUGAUCCUAGUGCAAGUGUGGUCCAAGAGAGUUCUCCCUUAAACAAAGAAUCCCUUGUCCAGGAUUGGGAGAACAUUGUGGAGUCAUUAUUCAAGUGA